AAAGAAAGAAAAUAGGAGAAAGGGAAUUGGAAAAAGAUGACAAGGUAGAGUAGAUAAGUAGACAGAGAAUGGAGGAGGAGUACUACUAAUAAUGGGUCCAUCCACCGUUGUUGUUAAUGACCUCUUGCAGUCUUGCCGGUACUGAUGCAACAGUAUUGUGGAUAAUAUUAUGUGGUUGUCUCCUGAGCCGCUCCCAUUCAUGCAUAGAGUACUGCACAAGAGCGUGAGUCGUUCUUUCUUGUUCCUGUUGCCAGGCGUUGACAAUCACUCCCCAACAGUUCUCUAUUGGGUUUAGAUCGGCUGACUUAGAUGGCCACGGCAGCAGAUCUAUAUCACGCUGGUCCUGAAACCAUCGGCGCACGAUUCCAGCAGUAUGGACAGGGCAGCUGUCCUACAAAUGGAAAGUAAUGAUGGUUAAUAACAUAAUACACAGUGCAGAUUUACGCAUGAUUCAGUGCUGUAAUAUAUGACUUAAUUUUGAAAAGAAUAUUACGUAUAUAUGUAUAAUUAAUAGGUGUGUAACAUCCUUUAAUCGAAAGUUUACAGUAUCAUAUAAAUUCAGGAUUUUUACAUUACGUAUUCUUUAACACAUUACCUACAUGAAUAGAAUCCUUUCUGGGUAGGGUGUAGCCAUAGCACGAACAGUAGGGAUCAUGACCUUCUCUAAUAUUUCUAUACACUUAUCUGCAGUGAAUCUUCCGUCAAUAUGCGUCAUUUCACCCACACCGUAUAGAUGUAUCCAGCCCCACAUGUUGCAGGUCACAUGGCCACUCUGUGCUACCUCGUAGAUGUUUUCACGUCUGUAUCUGGUGACAUUUAGUCUCCAGCAGUGAGGACGUCCGUGUGUGGUCGAGGAAAAGGUCUUCUCAUCAGAGAAAAUCACACGUCCCCAAUAAUCUAGUCCUUCGUCCACGUGUUGUUGUGCGAUCAAGAGUCGGUUUUCCUGAUGCCUGUCAGUUAGAACCUCUUUCUCGGCAGGAAUCCUGUGAUGAAUACGAUUCCCAUCAAGUCGUCUGCGCAUUGUACUAGCCGACACUUGUAGUCGCAGUUGAUCCCGCAUGCGCACUGCAUUGGAAAUGGGCGUCAUUGUUGCCUGCUCAAUGAUUCUGCGGUCGGUGUCUGGUGUUGUUGCCCUCGGCCUCCCAGACCUCGCAUGGUCGCGUAGAUCACCUUCAGUUUCCCAUCUCCUACACCAUUUUCUUACUGUUGCUGCCUGCGGAGGACUCUGUGUCAGGGCAAUGUGGACAGGUUCGUGUGGAGUGACGGCACCACCUCGCUCCACCUGGCCGCUUCGUUACCGAGGGAGAGAGAGGCUGUAGCUGUGGCCAGACUCCUCCUCUACAGUGGGGCAAACCCUAAUGUUCCAAACAAUGAAGGCAGAACAAGUGUCCAUAUCGCAGCGCAGAAUGGCCACACGCAGUUACUAAAGCUCCUGAUUCUGCAAGGCGGCGAUCCACUGCUUGGUGAUGGCCAGGGAAGGUCAGCGGUCGACUGGGUCUCUCUCGGGCACCACCAGCAGGCACUCGGGUUCCUCAACAGCCUCCUCGACACAGCGGAUUGCAGUCAUUACAAAGGAACGGAUUGUGACGCCAAGUUCAAGCUCACGUUCAUUGGUUAUAAGGUCAUGGGGCGGGCCAGUCUUUGCCGUGCUGCUGAGCCUGACACAUCUUCCUCCUCCUCGUCCUGUGCUUCAAAAUAUCAGCAAGGCGGCGAUGGUGGUGGUGGCGGUGACGUGAGCCUUGGGACACGCAUAGUACAGUACGUCAGGCAGCACCAAGACCAGGAUACAGAUUCUAACUUGGAGGACCUUAGUUGUGAGCGCCCAGCCUUCCUGAGCAGCCACCCCUUCCUGCAGUCACUCCAGAGGCAGGUUGAGGCGUGUCAAGCGGAUACCGACAGCGAAAAUGACAUGCGAGCUCUAAAACGUUGCCUCGGGGGUACACUACAGCAGAGAGAUAUUUCCUCGGGUGACUACGAAGAGACGGGAUCGGAGUCCACGAUCAGGGAGUUAAACGUCGCUCGUCUAGCGAUAAGUGUGUCCUUUGAUUCCUCUUGCGACGAUGGCAGUCAUGGGGAGGAAGGUCACAGGCUUGGUGAGUCUGAGCAAAGGCCGUUGGAGGGAAAGUCCGAUAAUGAAGAUUCUGUCAGCGAUAUUAUACAGCCUCAAGGAGAGAGUGGGAUGGGAGGCACAGCAGACUUGACAGCCAAGACUGAAUUCAAACCUGACUUCUGCACAACACCCCAGCUCAUAGGGUGCCCCAGGAAGAGAGAAGCGUUCAUAUACAGAGAAACGAAGGUGCCGUCAGGGCUAAAAAAGAAGCUCAUCUUCAAUGUGUCUGAUAGCACUCUCAAUUUACCGGAAACAGAGAGCGCUGGUGAGCCGGAGUUCACUGAGUAUAUGCACCCCCAACACCAGACAUGCGGUGAGUCAAGGAGAGCACCAGAUUGCUACCCAAGUGACUGUAACCACACUUGCGAUGAGUCAUCCAGAAUAGUAAAGGGAGUAUCGAGUCGCAACCAAACUGGAACAAUUUUCACCAAGUCCGGCUCAUCAGUGAGGUCACCAAGAAAAAAUGGUGACCUUCCUGGUGAGAACCCAGCAUCUCUUUACCAACCAACACACUGUAGAAAGUUGACACCUUAUUCGCCUCCAGAGUCAACCGAGAAUGGUGACCGUUACGAGAAAGCCAAGAAGAAUAGUGACUUUCCUGGUGAGGUUGGCACAGCAUUUCUUCACCAGCCCACACACUGUAAGAAAUUCACUCUCUGUUCAGCUCCAAAGUCCAACGAGAAUGGUGACUCCCCUGAGAAACCCAAGAAGAAUGGUGACUUACGGAGUGCACGUGGAAGAAAAACUCACCAGAUUUACCCCCAGACAGACCUCACCCCUCCCCAGUUCUCACCACACAGGGAAAACAUGCAUGGUGACACUCCUGGUGAGCUCAAGAAGAUUGUCGACUUUCCUGGUGAAUUUAACAAAAAUAAUGCCUCUUCUAGUGCAAGACAAACCCAAGCUCUGUCCUCACCAUCACAAUUAGGAUGUAGGUAUGGUGAUUUCUACUGUAAACUCAAGAUUGACGACUUUCCUAUUGAAUUUGGCAAGAAUGACGGCUCUUCCAGUGCAUGUCAAAACCAAACUCAGUCCUCACCAUUGCUGUCAGGAAAUCGGUAUGGUGACUUCUAUAAAAACAAGAUCGGUGAUUUUUUCGGUUCAUGCGGCAGAUCUGAGCCUCACCAAACACCCUUGCACCACUCCACACCACAGUCACCGGGCGAAAGAAUCACGCAGCACCAGUCCCCGAACCUGCUGGCGAACUCCUGUCCUGGGGUCCUGAGCAUCGCCGAGGAAUUUCUUUACGAAGACUUGAUGACGGGCGCUCGGCUUAUUGAGAUACGCUGCCCCUCCCUCCUGUCCCUUGUGUCCCGUGGCAGAGCAGGUGGAGUCUCGAUGAAAGAGGGCAAGAAAGCAGUCAACCAAGUAUUCAAGACAACAAAAUCAGAGGGAACCCAAGACAAUUCGGGAAAAGCGUCCCUGCCAACACAAGCCAUGAGUCUUGACAAGCUGCUGGGGGCGAUGGGCGGCCUUGACUUCAACCUCAAGCCUGAGGAUUCCCAAGACAACUCGGGCAAAGCGUCACUGCCAACACAAACCAUGAGUCGUGACGAGCUGCGGGGGGCGAUGGGCGGCCUUGACCUCAGCCCCAAGAUUGAGUACAGCCCGGAGCUGCAGGAGGCCCUGAAGAUACUGCACACAACCCCUUCAGAUAAGUGGACAGCCCUGAAGGCAAAGUGGCAAGCCUUGGAGGAGACAAUGAGGCUAGAGUUUACCAUCGGUAGGGACCGCGCCAGGAAACAGUGCUUCACCUACCUCCUCCUGGACCCGCGCAUCACCUGGAACCUGCCGGCCAUGGGACCAAAGGUGGAAGAAUGGAAGAAGUUUGAGCGCUUUCUCUCAGCGAUCUUCUAUGUGGGUAAAGGCACUAACGACAGGCCUUACCAGCACCUGACUGAAGCCUUGGAGGAGAGGCAGCAGAGUGAUAAGAAACAUACGAUAAGAGGAAUCUGGGAUGAGGGCUACGGCGUGGUGCCCCUUCAUGUCUUCCACAACACAACGAGUGAGGAGGCCCUGACCAGAGAGGCGGCCAUCAUAUUAGCCAUCGGCCUCAAGAAUUUAUGCAACGCCAGGCAGGGAACUUUCUACGGCCCGGCAAAGUUCUGGGAAAGGUCCGAAAAACGCCAGCUGGGGACGAACCUUCUCUACCGUGCCUACAAAAUACUGCUCCAGGAGGGGGAGAGGCAGUUGAGGCCUUGCCACUUUGCCGCCUAAACCACUGGGCGUUGCGCGUGGUGGAGGGGGAAGGAGAUGGAGAU